AUGGAGCACUCUUUAACUUUCUCUCAAGUACGAGGUCAAGGUUAUGAUGGUGCUAGUAAUAUGCAAGGUUCAAUUAAUGGCCUCAAAGCUUUGAUAUUGAAUGAAUGCAAACAAGCUUACUUUGUGCAUUGUUUUGCACAUCAACUUCAAUUGACACAUGUUGCACUUGCUAAAAAGAAUUCGGAUUGUGGGUGGAUUUUUGUUGAUGUACUUGCACCUCUUUUGAAUUUUGUUGGAGGUUCACCGAAAAGGAAAGAAUUUCUUAGAGAAAAACAACGUCAACAUGUUGUAGAAGCAUUGUCUUUGGGUGAACUUGAAACAGGAACAGGAUUAAAUCAAGAACAAGGUUUGGGUAGACCUUGUGACACUCGUUGGGGAUCUUACUUCAAGUCGAUCUUAAAUGUGCUUGAUUUAUAUUCUUCCAUCCUUCUUUCCCUUGAUUCCAUUGCAGAAGUGUUUGAUACACUUGAUUCAAAUAAAGCACAAGCUAUUACACACUUGUUGAUGUCAUUUGAUUUUAUGUUUGUGGCACACUUGAUGGUUGAUAUAUUUGCGAUUACAAAGGAGUUGAAUGAGGCCUUGCAAAAACAUGAUCAAGACAUUAUGAAUGCAAUGGCCAUGGUUGACGUAACCAAGGAUAAUUUGCAAGAGUUGAGAGAUGAAGGGUUUGAUAUGCUUAUGUAA